AUGAUAAGAGCAACUCGACAGUUAUCAACGAAAUCAGUCAUUGACAAAUUAUUUAAUGUUGUACAAUCAUCAUCAUAUGAUGAAAGGCAAACGAAACUGGAUCAUUUGAUUGAUACUUAUGCACGACAGCGAAAGGCGAUUUAUCCCAAUCUUGUUAAUGAUGUCAUACAACGUUGGGCUCUUGAACAACCAAAACGAGAAGCAUUAUGGAUGUGUGAAAGUAAAAGUAAUGAAAGUGAAAUAUUAACAUUUGAUGAUGUAUAUAAACAAUCAUGUCGUUUGGCUAAUGUACUCACUAAUGAAGAAUUCGAUUUGGCACCAGGGCAAACUGUACUCGUUAUUUUACCUAAUACUGCUAAAGAACGAAUUCUAUUAUUAUUAGCAUGUAUUCAAACUGGUUUAAUCUUUUGUCCAUAUGAUCCAAAAGAUUUAACAAAUGCUGGAAUUUCUGAAAGGAUUCGAAAAUUAGUUAUUAAUUGUGUUAUUACAGAUGAAAAUAAUUUAGAUAUGGUAAGAUACUAUACAGGAACCCCAUUACGACCAUUAAAAAAAGGUUAUUUUAUGCCAUGCUCAAAAUCUAAAUUGUCACCAGUCAGUUGGACUCAUUUAAUGCAACAUGCUAAUAAUGCUGAAAGUAGAUAUACAAAAUUUGUGAAUAUUAAUCAUAAUACACCAAUUAUUCGUUUGCUAUCAAAUAAUAAUAAUGUUAUUGAAUAUUCUCAAGAAGCUUUAAAUCUUCGUUUAAUAUUAGCAGGUCUUUGGUUAAAUAGUAACAAAACACCUCGUUUAAUAUGGAUGAAAAAUCAAAAUGAAAUAAUAUCAAUGGCUUCUUGGUUGUUUGGUUCAUCAAUAUUUUAUAAAGAAACAGAAACUUUAAAAUCCAUGGUUCAAACAUUUGAAAAUUAUCCUAUUGAUGCUUUUUGUGCAACAUUAGCUAAUUAUCAAAUGCUUGAAAAUGAACACGAACAACAACGAGAGAUUACAACAAAUCUUCAACAAUUAUUUUCUACUGAAUCAAUUACUUCUAAAAUUAAAUCUCGUUGGCAUUCAUUGACAAAUCUUUAUAUUCGUGAUGAUUAUCCUGGUUUUUAUAAAAAACCGAUAUUAAACGAUUUUUCAAAACAUGUUCGACAAACAGCAUAUGUUGCUGAUAAAGUGUACAUCACAUCUAAUAAUGAAUUUCUCAACAAACCAAAAGACAUUAAAAAAAACUUGUUAAUUAAUAUCGAUUAA